CGCGACGUGCAUAGCAACACUGGGAAGGCAGAGGAGAAGAGGGAUCGUUUAUGCGCAUUUUUGGGACGAAAAGAGAAAACCCUCCUAAACAGACGCUCAGGAAUCAUGGGCAGUGUGUUCCUGCCGGCGGACGCGGCCCACUCGGUGCUGCACAGGCUGCGCAGGGCCAACUUCUUGCUUGAGGAGAUGAAGCAGGGGAACAUCCAGAGGGAGUGCCGCGAGGAGAUCUGCACCUACGAGGAGGCCCGCGAGGCUUUCGAGAACGACGAGAAGACGGUGAGGAAAAGAGAUUGGCUUCUAAUCGGACCUACAAUCUCAUGUGCUGAUUACACACAGGAAGAGUAGAACACAUUAAACACCUGCCGGACGCGUAAGGCUAAACGAGGGCACA